UUGAAAGAUCGUCGUUCUAUAAACGGGCACGACAAUGAAGAACGUCGACGACGACAGUCAUCGCUUUUAGGGAAGUGGGUGACGAAAUUGACCAGAUUUUUUUUUGUACCACGAAGCACGCCUGUUUUUACUAAGCGUUAACUUUACAUAUGUAUGUUACGUCGCGCUAAUGGCAUACUUCACGUAUAUUGUCACGCUCUCAAGAUUUCGAUGUCAUAUGAGGUAACAUAUGGACAGUGUAGUGACUGAACUUCGAUAUUGCGUGUGUAUAUGUACAUAUACAAUUGAAGUCGACACUUUAAACUGUUAUCCUACCCGCUCGACGGGUGGUUUGACGAGAAGUUACACGGUACAUAUACAUUGUGGAAGAAAAUCACUCGCUGAGAAAGGCGUAGCUUCUCUGUUACGCGUGAAGAAUAAAAAAAAUCGGCUUCGAAUAUCUUUCCAAUUUGAUUAUCACACGUUCGAGAACGACUAUGGUAAAUGAGUGCCUUAAAAGAUCAAGAUCCCGAUUACGGGCCGUCCGACGCAAGUGACGAGAAACAUCAACGAAUUUUCGAAGAAAAUGCACGAAGCAGCACAGCGAGAAAGAUAACCGCCAUCAUUGAAAGGGAAUUCAGUCAGGAGAUCAGUGCAAAAGAGAAGGAGGUUCUGGAGAUACAAGAAAGAUUGCACAGAGCAACAAAGAUCAUUCAUCUUUUACGCUGCGUUAUCGUUGCUGAUUUCUACAAUCGCAAACAAUGUCAUAAUUCGCAGAACGGAGAGCCAAAGCAAACGCAAAUUCAUCCCGCGAUAAAACAGCUGAUCGGCAAAGCACCCAAGUUAACCGACAGUUCAGUUGCAUCUGGAUCCAACAGUGAUUUCACUGCGUCGCAGUCAGUCUCGACAUCGUCGUCUAGUAUUGUUGGUGGAACGAAACAAAUUUCUAAGCAGUGUCAAUUAGAGAAAAGGAACAACGAGGUGCGCGAUGAAGAAUCGCGGCCAAAGAAAAUCCCCCGUUACAUCCCGCCGAAAAGUGGAGUCCCGGAGUCUCAGUGCCCGUCGAGAGGCACCAGGCACAAGACGAGGAAACGCAUAAUUAUUGGAAACAUCUCGAAGUGGAUCCCUCCGGAAUGGAGGGAAGACGCAGCUAGCCACAAAUGGACAAUGUACGUCAGAGGGGACAAAGAGAAUCCUGACAUUAGUGGUUUUGUCAGCAAGGUCAGAUUCUUUUUACACCCGAGUUACAGGCCCAACGACGUUGUCGAGGUUACGUCAGCACCGUUCUGCCUCUCGAGACGAGGCUGGGGUGAAUUCCCGCUGAGAGUACAACUGCACUUUAAAAGUGCUCUCAACAAACCAAUGGACAUAAUACAUCAUUUGAAGCUGGACCGCACUUACACCGGUUUGCAAACUUUAGGAUCCGAGACACUUGUCGAUAUAUGGAUCUACGCAGAUUCUCGAAAUUUCAGGCGAAAUGCGGACAAAGUCGCGAAUCAAGAUUUGAACGGGAGCGACACGAUUAAUGAUUGCGUGACGGUGAAGCUGGAGAACUACGAAGACCCGAAUCUCCUGUCCGAUUUCACGAGUAACGUAAGCGUAAAUGAAACAUCAAAAUUGGAACAAAACAAGAAUUGUGAAGUGAUAGUCAAGAAGGAACCACUGGAGGACACGGAAACUGAAAAUUUAACAAACGAGAAACAACUAUUCUGUAUAGAGCUUGACCAUGAUUACUGUGGCCCCAAGUAUUUAAAUUCCGACAGAAAUUUAACUAUCAAUCACUCGUCUGUAACGUCGACUGGCUCAUCCUCGCGUAAAACGGUCACGAUAAAUAAUCGGCAGGAAGAAGAUACAGGAGAGCUUCCUGAAACUAAUGAAUCUUUAAUAAACGGAUAUUUCACAAAUGUGAAAGUAAAGGAGGAACCGGGAACUAUUGGUGUAUUUUUGUCAAACGAACAUGAUCUGAACGCAUCGAGAGUGCUUCCGCUAAGUUGUUCCAGGAUUCAUUCAAACCUUUGCCCGUUGGAAAUUUCUAUCCCUCCGUUGUUUGAACCAUCUGCAAACAAACAUGUUUUAGUCCUCCGGAACAAUAACAUGAUACAUGUCGAUAUGGCAAGUGCGGAUUAUGUUCGCAGUAUCGAUUCGACAAAAUCGAGAGCAAAUUUAGCUGCAUCUCGCAGUGUUAGCUUGUUGAGAAAGCCGCCAGUCGCAGAAGCCAGAAUCCAAGUGAGAAAUCUCAACGGAGCAAAGACGCAACAGGGAGCGAAGCUUCAAGUUUCUAAAGGUGUUCUCCUAAAUGUAAAUUCCAACGUGCCGGUGCUAAAAAUAGCCGAGAAAAGAAACUUGUCAAGCGACGUUUCCUCCAAUAUUGAGAAAGAGCCAAUUGUCACUGAACAAAUGUUGAAAGCGUACACAGAAGAGGUGUGGAAAGAGUAUAAGUUAUCACGUCAGAAGAUCACUUUAGGCAAAGACAAAUACAAGCUUCAGAGUAAAAAAGAGUUGUACGACCAAGUAUACCGGGCGAUUGAAGUUACAAAUAUUCGAAAUGUUCAGGCCCUGCUGCGAUUCAUUAUCAGAAGAAUGCCCAUGAUAACUUGGGACGCAUUUGACUGCGAUUACAGAGGACUCCAUCCUUAUGCCUGCGUGAGCCAGGAGGAAUUUUUUAGCUACAGUGAAGCGAAGCGUAUUGCCUGCGAAUGGCAUCGAGCAAAAAUGAUACAUCAUUUUCUGAGGAAAAGGUCGUUCACUGAGGAGGAAUUAUGGAGCACCAAGGAAAUAAUGAUCUGGGCAAGAUUGCAUGGUUACACGCCCCUUUCUUCAAAUUUUAACAUCCGUUCAAUGAAACAGCAGAAAAGUUUACCUGGCUCCGCGGUCGCGAAAAGAAUCUCCACGUGCACGCAGCCCAGUGCUUUUUACAAGUGGCUUGAAAUCUAUUCGAGUCAAUCGAACGAUAAUUUAUUCGAUAGUGAUUCGCGUUACUCCAGUGAGCUGGACAUUGAAGUUGAUGUGGUAAAUACUGAUAAUACACUAGAAAACAAAAAAAGACUAAAAGAAACGAGAGAAAGCAAGGAAUUUACAAACGCAACAAUUACAGUAUUGGAACUUGAGAAGAGAUUGGUGCCGUUUCACGAUUUUGUUUGCGAAACUGCCAGGGAGAUUGGUAUCAAGUUAAUCUCCGAGGAAAUUGUACCCACUGUUGCACACUGUGCGGCUGGACGUAUGAUAAUGCGAGCUGUCGAAUGUCUUGUUGAAGAUUUAGUUAGAAUGUCUUUGGCGAAAGCUUGGGAAAGAUGCAGCGACAAUGGAUAUCCGAAGGUGAUCGUUUUGGACGAUGUACGUGGAGCUCUUUUAAACCGCGAAGAAUUUGAUAUUUUUACAAAUCACGGAUUAGCCUCGAAACAUCGAUUAACAGCUGCAGAUUAAUUUAAAAAUAUAUAGAAUCUAGAGAAUUUAAUUAUAACUGGAAAAUUGA